AUGAGCAAUCAGAAGUUCAUCACCUUUGAAGAAGGAUGGGAGACUUUGCACAAGGGCAUCACCAAGCUCCACAAAUUUCUAGAAGGAUUAGACCCUACCUUCACUCUUGACCAACACAUCGAACUAUAUACGAUCGUCUACGAAUUAUGCAUCCAAGAGUACAUCAUACCUCGUGACUAUGCCAGAGAACUAUAUGACAAGUACAGGGAAACAUGUGACCAGUACAUUGUAUCAAAAGUUUUGCCAUCUUUGCAAAAAAAGAAAGAUGACAUUUUGUUGAGAGAACUACUCCAGAGAUGGUCAAAUUACAAAGUUAUGACCAGACGCCUCUCAUAUAUUUUUGAUUAUCUUGACCAAUAUAUUCGUAGACAUGGGCUUGCUUCACUUGAAGAAAUCAGCUUUUCAACCUUUAACCACAGGGUAUAUGAAAAGAUGAAUAAAGAAAUAAUGGAUGCUAUAUUUUCUGUGAUUGAACAGAAACUUGCAGGAGAGAAGAUUGAUCAUACAUUUGUUAUUAAUACAUUGGAUUUCUACAUAAAGUUUUACAAAUGCACAAAAAAGGACAAGGCAGAGACUAUACUAUGGCACUUAUAUCAUAAUGACUUGUCAAAGAAAAUCAACUUGAGAAGCUCCGAUGGGACUGUUUUUGAAAUUGACUAUGGUGUGGCACUUAUGUCAAAAAGAUUUGAGGACAUUACUGAGACCUUUUCUGUUGGUGAUGAGGUUGAUGACAUUUCUGUUCCUAAAGUGAGUAGCAAAAUGUUGACAAUGAUUGUUAAAUACUGCAAGGAAGGGGAUGCUAAAUUUCUCGAAGCUAACCCUAGAACUCUGCUUGAUCUUACAACAUGUGCAUGCUACAUGAAAAUCGAGAGCCUGGAGAAACUGACAUGGAACAAAGUAUAUGAGUUGAUUAAAGGAAAGCCACCCGAGGAAAUUGCCCAGAUUUUUGGAGAUGUAGAUGACUCAAACUCCAAGUUAUUAGAAGAGAACAUACAAAGAAUAGAGUUUUUGGAGAUGUAA